AUGGACACUAAACGAAUAUCCGAGAGACGAUACAUUUGUUCGUAUCCCGACUGCGACGCAAGGUACAAUAAACAAUGGAAACUCGAUGCCCAUCUCUGCAAACACACGGGAAUCAAACCCUUCGCCUGUGAGCAGAGCGGCUGUGGUAAGGCGUUCCCUAGCCCCUACCACCUCACCCGACACCAGUUGACCCACAGCGGGACGAAGCCUUUUCCAUGCACCGCCGACGGCUGUACAGACACAUUCACCACCAACACCAACAUGUUGCGACACUUUCAGCGCCAACACGCCACGGAUCAGAAGAAAUACGGCUGCGACGUGGCGGGUUGCGGGCUGGUUUUCAAGAAGAACAAGCAGCUGAAUCUGCACAUGUGCGAGCAGCACACUCAGCUGCCUCCCUACCAGUGCUCCUUCGAGGGCUGUCAAAUGCGCUUCCCCUGCCCAAGUAAACAGAGACGCCAUGAAAAGGUACACAACGGGUAUCCCUGUCCUGAAGAGGCGUGCGUGUUCACGGGGAAGACCUGGACGGAGCUUCUGAAGCACCGAACGGAGGCGCACCAGCGGGUUUACCCGUGUGACCAGUGCGACAAGGUGUUCAGAAAAUCGUGGAUGCUGCACCAGCACCAGGCUGUGCACGCCGACAUGCGAGUUGUGCUGAAGUGUCCCCGGGCGGGCUGCCAGAGGUCCUUCACCACAGAGUUCAACUUGAUGAGCCACAUCAAGUCCUUCCACGACGAGUUACGGCCCUUCGCCUGCACCCACGAAGGCUGUGGCAAGACGUUCGCCAUGAAGGGCAGUUUGACCCGCCACAGUGUUGCUCACGAUCCAGAGAGGCGCAAGAUCCCGAAGAUCCGGAAGCCCCGACCCUCCAGGUCUCUCGCCUCCCGACUGAGCGGCGUUAAUCCGUUCAAGAGCGCCAGAAAGACGAAGGAACUGAAGGACAACACAGCGUCCGGUCCACUCCAUAUUCAAGGAGAACAGCAACAGUCCCAGGGGCAAAUCAAAUUGUUCCCUCUUCUACAGGACACGACGCUGUUGAACCAUUCUACUACUGCUGUAGGCCUACACGUUGACUCCACACUUCACAACUUUACACACACCACCAUAGAACUGGGACAAUGACGUGGGACUUUAAUGAAUGUUAUUUUUCGAGCACAACUUUUAUUGACAUGUUUUUUGUUGUCGUGAUUAAGUACAUAAGUCACGUGCCGUUAUGUGUUAAUUUGCUCUGCAGAUGUCAGUUGAAUGUUGUGUAAAAAAAAUGAGUUUACAAAUUGGUAAAAUAAGAGGACGAAAAAAUAAAAGUCCCUUAAUGUUUCAACAA